GCCGCCCAGACGCAUCAUACCAUCCAUUCAUUCACUUAUAAGCGUUUCUACACUCGACAGACCCCCAUCCACCAUAUCUAUCAAAAUAUCCACCAAUGCUUUUUGAAUACUCAAAGCUGCAGGCACUACUAAUCUGUGCCCCAGUCACAAUGGCGGCUGCAACGAUCCGCAUUGACGCCGGCUUGAAUGGCUUGGCGUUUACCCCAGACUCGACCAAGGCCAACGUUGGCGACGUGCUAGAGUUUCACUUCCACCCAAUCAGCCACAGUGUUGUUAUGGGAGACAAGAACCACCCAUGCGUACCUGCAGCAUCGGGGGGCUUUUUCUCUGGGUUCAUGCCUGUCUCGUCUGGUGAAGGUGCCAAUGUCUUCCAGGUUACUGUCAACUCCACCGAUCCAAUCUUCUUCUACUGCGCGCAAACCGUAGGCAGUCACUGCCAGAGUGGAAUGGUCGGCGUCAUCAACCCAGCGUCAGACCAGGACUUGGCGGCCUACAAGAACGCGGCAAAAUCGGCUGCUGAAUCUACGCACCCCGGCACCGUGUUUGGAGGUAAAGUCCUCGCUGCCGGCGCUGGGGCGUCUUCUUCCAGUGCUGCAAAGCCAAGCACCACAGCUUUUUCGGGAUCGGGUGGUGGCGGAGCCUAUGGCAGUAGUGGAAGUGCUGGUAAUAGCCUGCAAGUGUCGGCUGCUUUAAUCCUCUCUUGCGUCAUGGGUGCUGCUUCAUUCUUGACAAAGUAAGGCGAAUACGACAAGGAUUUUUUUUUUUGUUUUUUUCGUCAUACGAGAUGCAAAAUAAGGCGAAGCCGCUCUAAUGAUGUAGCUUGUGCGUAUACCAAGCGAAGAUAUCAUAAUUUAAUUUUAAUUCAUUAUAAAUGGGCAUACCAAUACCUAGAUACUCGCUUU